AUGGUCCGAUGGUCCGUCGUGUUGUUUGACUCAGCAAAGGCUCUUGCUUUCAAGAAUGUUCCAACUCGUGAAGAAGUUAAGGAAGCCAUCUUCAGAACAUUAACAAGGAAUGGAAUGUUUGAUAAUUCACAUAUUCGACUAUCUCUCACACGAGGAAAGAAGGUUAGUUCUGGGAUGAGCCCAGCAUUUAACCUCUAUGGAUGCACCCUAAUUGUGCUUCCAGAAUGGAAACCCCCGGUAUAUGAUAAUGCACAUGGUAUAACUAUGGUGACUGCUACCACACGGCGUAAUUCCCCAAAUAAUUUGGAUUCGAAAAUUCACCACAACAACCUCCUGAAUAACAUACUUGCAAAGAUUGAAGGGAAUAAUGCAAAUGCUGAUGAUGCAAUCAUGCUUGACAAGGAUGGUUUUGUGUCGGAAACAAAUGCUACAAACAUUUUUUUAGUGAAAAAAGGCAGAGUUCUGACACCUCAUGCUGAUUAUUGCCUUCCUGGUAUCACCCGAGCUACUGUUAUGGAUUUAGUGGUGAAAGAGGGUUUGGUCUUAGUGGAGAGAAGAAUCAGCUUAUCAGAGUUCCACACUGCAGAUGAGGUAUUUACAACUGGAACAAUGGGAGAGCUUAGCCCGGCUGUGGAGAUUGACGGACGUGAAGUUGGCGAUGGACGAGUGGGGCCUGUGACUCGAAAGUUGCAAAAUGCUUACAAAAAGCUUGCAGAAGAGUCAGGAGUGCCAAUUCCAUCCUAUCAGAAGAAAUAA